AACUGUCAAAAAAAAGUUAGCACAACAUUACUGUCAAAAAGUUUUGUUAGCAAUUGAUUAACUGAAUGCCUGGUUUAGACCCCAAGUUAUUUGUCGACAUCACCGAAGAUGUGCUCUCGGAGUACACGUGCGGUAUCUGUCUUCAUGUGUACUCAAAUCCAAAGUUUACUUCUUGUUGUCGGCAAAUGUAUUGCAAUGAUUGCAUCACUCAAUGGUUGAAUCAAAAUAGCAAAUGUCCUAAUGAUAGACAACGCCUAACAUCCUCUCAACUAUUACUUCCACCGAGAAGUUUGACUAAUUUGAUGAACAAACUGAAAGUCAAAUGUCGUUUUGAGUCCAAUGGUUGUACUCAAGUGAUGCAGUUGUCUAAUGUGGCCAAACAUGAGACUAGUUGUAUGUAUGACACCAGCAAACUGUGCAAUGAAUGCGGUCAACAACAAGGAUCACAACAUAAUUGUGAAGAAAAUCUGAAAAAACAAAUGAAUUUAUUGACAAAAGAAAUGAUUUUACUUAAGAAUAAAAUCAAGGAUUUGUCAUACAAUGAGUUUCAACUCAAGAAUGAAGUGAAAAACUUAAGAGAAAAUAACCGAAAACUUACGGAUGAAGUCCAACACUUCCGACAAAACCGUAGACCGGAUCAUGAAUUACAAACGCUUACCGAUAGGACUAAACUUAAAAUAAUUUCAUCGACAAUGACUAAAGAUAUGGAAAUAUUUGUUAUCAAUGAGUUUGAAAUGGCAUUAAACUAUAACAAAAAUAAUAAUGAUAUUAGCAGUAUAAUGGUUAGACAUUUAAGAAAUGCCAUGAAAGCUAAAUAUGGAUCCGAUUGGGACAGUUGGGUCACAUUCGUCCAGUGCUUUGACUGUCUUUCCUCAUUCUACAUAAGUUCACCAAAAAAUGCCAUUUACUUUAGUUGGGGUCCAUUUUAUGUAAAUCUAAUGCAAGAUUAA